CUGGACGCGAAUAAAGAUUUCUUCUUCAAACAAACAGGAAGUGUCUACGGAGGCCGGGCCGGCGGCUGGGCAGGGGCCGGGCAUGAAGCCGGGCGGCCACCAGAUCGCGGGCGGUGGCGGCGGCGGCGAUGAGCGACAUAGUGGAGAAGACGCUGACGGCGUUGCCGGGACUCUUUUUGCAGAACCAGUCGGUUGGCGGGCCCGCGGGCGUCAAGACGUCUUUCUCCUCGCGGCUGGGCGGCCUCGUCCGCGGUAUCACCGCGCUAACCUCCAAGCACGAGGAAGAGAAACUAAUCCAGCAGGAACUGAGUAAUCUGAAAGCAACUGUUUCUGCUCCUACAACAACACUGAAAAUAAUGAAGGAAUGUAUGGUGAGACUUAUAUAUUGUGAAAUGCUUGGAUAUGACGCUUCCUUUGGCUACAUACAUGCAAUCAAGUUGGCACAACAAGGAAACCUUUUAGAAAAAAGAGUAGGUUAUUUGGCUGUUUCUUUAUUUCUACAUGAAAAUCAUGAACUGCUGCUUCUCCUUGUGAAUACAGUUGUAAAGGAUUUGCAGAGCACUAACCUGGUAGAAGUGUGUAUGGCACUUACUAUCGUCAGCCAGAUUUUCCCUCGAGAAAUGAUUCCAGCUGUUCUUCCAUUAAUUGAAGAUAAACUUCAACAUUCUAAGGAGAUUAUACGAAGAAAAGCUGUUCUGGCGUUAUAUAAAUUCCACCUCAUUGCUCCUAAUCAAGUACAGCAUAUUCACAUUAAGUUUCGGAAAGCACUUUGUGACAGAGAUGUUGGGGUCAUGGCUGCUUCUUUGCACAUAUACUUUAGGAUGAUUAAGGAAAAUUCAUCUGGAUAUAAGGACUUGACGGGGAGUUUUGUAACAAUAUUGAAGCAAGUAGUUGGAGGAAAGCUCCCAGUAGAUUUCAAUUACCACAGUGUGCCGGCACCAUGGUUACAAAUCCAGCUCUUGAGAAUACUAGGACUUCUAGGAAAAGAUGAUCAAAGGACAAGUGAAUUAAUGUAUGAUGUUCUUGAUGAAUCCUUAAGAAGAGCCGAGCUAAAUCACAAUGUCACAUAUGCUAUUCUGUUUGAAUGUGUACAUACAGUUUAUUCUAUUUAUCCUAAAUCAGAAUUACUUGAGAAGGCUGCCAAGUGCAUUGGAAAAUUUGUUCUGUCACCUAAAAUAAAUCUCAAGUAUUUAGGACUGAAGGCUCUUACCUAUGUUAUACAACAGGAUCCCACUCUGGCUCUUCAGCACCAGAUGACAAUAAUUGAAUGCUUAGACCAUCCUGAUCCCAUUAUUAAAAGAGAGACUCUGGAGCUUCUUUACAGAAUUACUAAUGCACAGAAUAUAACAGUGAUUGUCCAGAAAAUGCUUGAAUAUUUACAUCAGAGCAAAGAAGAAUAUAUUAUUGUCAAUUUGGUUGGCAAAAUAGCUGAGCUUGCUGAGAAAUAUGCCCCUGAUAAUGCAUGGUUUAUUCAGACAAUGAAUGCUGUGUUUUCAGUGGGAGGAGAUGUCAUGCAUCCUGAUAUUCCCAAUAACUUUAUGAGACUGCUUGCGGAAGGUUUUGAUGAUGAAACAGAAGACCAGCAAUUAAGGCUUUAUGCAGUUCAGUCUUAUCUCACUUUACUAGAUGUGGAAAAUGUGUUCUAUCCACAGAAAUUUCUUCAAGUUAUGAGUUGGGUAAGCGAAGUACAUUAG